AUAAAAUACAUUUCUACAGUUGUUAUAGGCCACGCACCAUUUAAAGUCCUCAGUUGUAAUUGGGACCACACGUCCAACUGACGCGUCACUCUACGAUAAUCAUGAUUAAUUUGAGCUGAUCAUAGCUGCAGUUGAAAUAAUUAUAUCCAAAUUAUUAUUUAGAAAAUAAUAAAAAAAAAAGAAUCGCCUCGUCGGGAGUCCGAUGUUAGCUCUCCAAGCUCCGAUGGACAUACUGCAGCAACAGCAACAACAGCAGCAGCAGCAGCACCAACUGGCUGAGGCUGGUCGGAAGCAGCUGGAGCAAGCGCUGGGACAGCUCCAGGAACAGAUUCAACUCAACAUGAUCCAGCAGACCCAGCUGCUCCAGGCCUCUGAUAAGGGUAAAGCUAGCGGUGCUCUGGCGCAGCUGAACGCGCAGCAGCAGCAGCUCGUGCAGCAGCUACAAGCCGUGCAGCGCCACUACCUGCUGCAGCACUCAGCUCUGCAGCACUCUGCACUGCAUCCUCUACUGCAGCAGCACUCCCAUCUUAAUGGAGAUGGCGGGAUGCACUGGAAGGAGAGGGGUGAGCGCAGCGAGACCCCCUCACCCCCCGGCUACCUCCCCCCCCACCUCAUGUUAUCACACAAUAACAAUAAUAACAACAACAAUAAUAACGACCGCGACUCAAAGCCUGUUAUUCAUCCACCUCCUACACCCAACGGCCGCAGCAGCGAGACUCUGAACGGCUACGGUGGACGGGUCAGUGACGACGAGGAGACGGGUGGGGGCGGACGUCGCAGCAACGGCGGCGUCACCCACCACCCGCUCUACGGCCACGGCGUCUGCAAGUGGCCGGGCUGUGAGGCUGUCUGCGACGAACUUCAUUACUUCCUUAAGCACCUCAACACAGAGCACACGCUGGAUGACCGCAGCACGGCACAGGCGCGCGUACAGAUGCAAGUCGUGAGUCAGCUCGAGCGGCAGCUGAACAAGGAGCGAGACCGCCUACAGGCGAUGAUGAGUCACCUUCACGUCAACAAACAACAGCAACAACAACAGCACCAACAACAACAGCAACAGCAACAACAACAGCAAGAACAACAACGACAACAUCAGCAGCAAGCCUCCCCGUUUGCCCCGUCGGGACGCUCGCUGUCUCCUGAGCCUCCGCUCCCCUCCCUCCCCAAACUGGAGCACGCGCCUCCCCAGAGCCCGAGCAGCAUGCUAGGCAAGCUCCCCCUCGGCCCCGGUCUUAUGGGUGGGGGUCUUGGGGCCUCCCCCCUAAGCUUGGCCCACUCCCCACUGGGUGGGCCACUGCCCCCCGUGUCGCUCUUUGGAGGGAUGGGGGCCCGACCCCCCCACAUGAUGCAGCCCCCAACACCCAACGCGUGCGGCUCCAUCAGGCGGCGGCUGACGGAGAAAUCCGCGCUCCUGACACCGGGUGUUCUAGACGAUACAGCCCUCGUUAGACGGCGGCUUGCCGACCGUGCUGCUCUUGACAUUACUGAAGAACUGCAGCGUAAUCGAGAAUUUUAUAAAUCCAACGAAGUGCGGCCGCCCUUCACAUAUGCAUCUUUAAUAAGACAGAGUAUCGUCGAGUCUCCAGACAAACAGCUGACGCUCAACGAGAUCUAUAGUUGGUUCCAGACGAUGUUCGCGUACUUCCGGCGUAACGCUGCAACCUGGAAGAAUGCCAUCCGCACCAACCUCUCGCUGCACAAGUGCUUUGUACGCUACGAGGAUGACUUUGGCUCUUUCUGGAUGGUCGACGACGCAGAGUUUGUGAAGAGACGUCACCUCGCCAGGGGGCGCCCCAGGAAAUAUGAUCCUAACACCCCACCCCCGCCUCCCCAGACCUCCCACCUCCACAAUCCCCAACAUAGUCUUGCCACCUCCAUAGCUUUAUCUUCUGGGGUUCCCCACUCGCUCACUUCCCCCGGGGGUGGGGGUGGAGGGGCUGGCGGGCUUCCACAGAUCCCACAGGGAGUAGCGAGCACGAAAAGCCCAAACCUGGCUGGCAGUCCAACUUUCUAUGGCGAUGCUCUGAACGCCAGUCUGCAGAUUAUUUUGCAGGCUGCGCUCGCUGAUUCCAAUAUCCCGCUGCUAAAUACAGCGCUGGGCAUGAACGCCAUGUGUCACGACUCCAAGCAGUCCCCACCACCUAACUCAGCCACAUUCGGGGACGUGCUGAGGGCCGCGUCUCACUUAGGAUCCGUCGAUCACCAUAUGGGGUCCGGUGAGCACGGGCGUGAUCACAUGGGUCUUGAGGAUCACAUGCGACCUGAUCAUCGCAUGGAUGACCAUAUGAGCCAUCAGGACUCACGCGAUGACCGCAACGCACGUAUGAGAGCUGAUGAAAUGGAGACGGAUAGGUCGCUUCGAGACCGCGAUGACCUCAGGAGUCCAUAUCAGCCGCACCACGUCAAGCAGGAAUUGCACGAAGAUGAGGAGCGCUCCAUGGAGCACGAGCCUUGUGAUUCGGAGUCAAGUAUGAACACGAGCAUCAAUGAGCGCAAUGACUUGAACGACCCGCCUGCAUCAACGGCCUCUGCGACCCCUCCGCCAGCUUCUAUUCAUGGAGUACAUCCUUCAAGGCUUGGAUCAUCAGGCUCUCCUCAGCUCCACUACCGACCAUACCACCACCAGGUUGUCCAAGAUCACCGCAGGUCUUCUCGCUCCGGGUCUCGGUCGCCAUCUCCUUGCUCAAAACCUCUUUACCUUCCUCACCGCCCGUCUCAGUCUCCCUCCAGUACCCCACAGUCCCACUUGCCCACCGUCACGUCCCGGUCCCAUGACUCACCGGUGUCUAUUAAUCCCGUAACCGCGAGUCCCGUGCCCGCGACCACCACCUCUUCGUCGGGAUCAGUCCCACCGCCUCCCACAUCCAGCUCCCACUCAGCGGGACCAGCUUCCCUACAACUGGUGCACGAGUCACAGUUACGCAACAGCUCCCCGCUGCACGGCUGAAUGUAAAGCCUGGGAUCCCGUUCUACUGUAUCUGCUGGAACGUGUUCAAAACGAAUAAUCUAACCACACCUUUAACAUUGAGCAUGCCCUCAAUAGUAUAUCGUUCAUAAAGUUACCUCUAAUGCGUGUAAUAUUUGUACGAUACAAACUCUAUAUAUUUCUCACAUACUCAAGGUGCAGGCUCUCUUUUGCUGCCGUGUAGCCUCACAAAUAUGUAACAUAAGUAUUUAAAAUCCAAAGAAUACUUAUGCAAUUUUUAUUGGAUUGGGAAAAAUUUUAGAAAAUUGAACUUACGUUUAAGAUGCACCUAACAUGGAUGAUGCAACCAAGAUUUUACAUUAUCAAGAGCAGGUUGUGGAACAUAUCAUGCGGCUGAUUUGAAUCGAAAGCUGAUUUAACUCUCUGUUUGAUUUAUUUCUUGAAUAAAACCUCUUAAUAAAUACUGUAGAGAAUAUUAUGCGUGAGAUUUGCAAAGAUUGCUUCGUAAUUUGCAAAAUUAUGAUGAAAACUUACCGUCGGUUGUCACUGACACUCGCCGCUUGCGUUUCGAUAUGCAUGCUGUCGCUCGGCUGCUACAUUUGUAAAUACUCGUUAUUAUUUAUGAACAAAGAGAUAUCACGUGUAAAUGAAACGUUAUUUAUUUUUUAGACCGCAUAUUUUAUGUUAUGAAACUUCACUCGUUUAUGAAGGAAGUCGGAAUGAAUUCUCUUCUACAGGCGGUUUUCCGGCGUCAGUUGUUUAUUUCAGUGAUGCUUCUGUUCUAAAGAACGUAUCGCGCCUCAAUUUUUCAAACUAUUCAACAGAACCAAUAGUUUUAAAUCUUUGAAAAUUUUUACUAAUUCACAAUUCUAUCAUCUUGCUAGGUAAAACCUUGCUUUUAAAUGGUGAACAAUUUAAAUCACAACAUUUAUAAAAUUCCUUAAAAUUUUUAACUUGGUAAAAAGAAGAAUAGAUAAGCAUAUAGCCUGAUUUUCAAGAAGUCAAAAGAAAACAGAACAGCGAGUUUAUUUAGAUUUAUUCACAAAGUCAUCUCUAGUAAAUAUUAAGGUGUUAUCGUGUAGCGAUUAAGAAGAUUAAUCAUCCUGUACAAAGCGACGACCCAUCAGAUGCGUUCCAGUAACAUUAGGUGUCUCAAGCCUGACUCACGUUAGGUGUCUCAAGCCUGACUCACAUUAGGUGUCUCAAGCCUGACUCACAUUAUACAGAGAAACCGCCUACCUAUCCAAAUUUCUAAUUCAUUUCAUAAUUAAGCUUAAUCGAAUUCAUAGGCUUUUUCAUUAAACUGUUCGAGUAUUUCAUGGAAAAGCAGCCUGAAUGACAUAACUUUUAAGUUAUAUUUUUUAAUAAAGCAUUUAUAUAUAGAGCCCGAAUAUGAGAUUCGUAACAGGAUUUGUAAAUGAUACUGAACCGGAUAGAUAGAAUGAAAAAUUUAAUUUUUUAAAGUAAUUUCAGCUGAUGUCAAGUACACUGUCAAUUACGAUUUUCUAAAGUAAAAUAUUCAUUACAUCAUUGGUGGGGAUUAUUCAAUUGGCCGAAACAUUUGAUGAGCGUAGAAUUUCUAAUAAAUUGCGAUGAAAGUAAACUAUAAACACCAGCGAAGAACUUGUCUUACAAACUACUCUAUUCGUUACAAGUCGGGUGCCGCAUGUGUAGGGAGGCUGUAUGUAUUGCGUGAGUCUUGCUUUAGCUUACUUAGAAUUCGUACAAGGGCUCCUAGAGUCACGUAGUGUUCAGAUAUUCUACAUUAGAUGACGCUGUCUCCAACAUUUUUCAAUUUUAAUAUGUCUCUAUUUAUUCAUUGCAAUUUACUCUCAUGCUUCCGCACAGUCUUUUUAAUUUACAUUUUAUUGGAAAAAGAAAACUUUCAUUUUGUGCGAUUAAUCAUUUAGUAAUGGAAAUUAUGGAACAAUUUUGACUAGGAAGCAUCUUGCCAUGUUCAAACUCCAUACCAUUUAAAUUUUUGCAACUACGCAUAAUACUUUUUUAUGUCAAAAGUUCUACUGAGCCAGUUGUAAUUUUCAUCAUUAGUAUCAAUCAUAGAAUUCGCCAAAAAUAUGUCAUUUAAGUACGAUGUUAGUGUUCAUUCAGAUUUUAUAUACGUACAUAAAUUUAGCCCUUUUCUGGCCGAGUAUUCCGUUAUAUCAUCAAGUCGUCUUUCAUACUUUGCAGUGCACUGAUUCUUUUCAAUGGCCGUACCUCUACCACUAAAAAUACUAUUGUUUUUAUUCCACUUGUCCAUUGUUCACUUUAUUGAUAAAUGGUAUUUUUGUCAAUAAUUGUAAUAAUUCAGUCACGCUAUUGUUGAGUUUGCAAAAUAUUCGUUGAAUUCCAUGUGAUCCUACGUACGUACUUGUUCUCAUUGUAUAAAGUUCUAGUUUGACCAUUUGCUCUGUUGACUAAUUCCUAAAAUUGUACAUAUCUUUGUCUCUGUGUAGGCAUUUGUAGGCCAUGUAUCUACCCCCGACGUAGAAUCCAUGUAUCUACCCCCGACGUAGAACAUUCUGUACCCACUAAUGUGCACUAGAUGGUUCCGACGCAGCAGUUUUAUAACUGCUUUUUACCGUUCAAACUUUAGAGAAAUUACUUAUUACCUAAUUGUACAUGAUCGCUGAUAAAUCAGUAUUGCGUAGACACAAAUAUUUUAAGUAAUUCGAUCUAAAUGAAAAGCAGAGUAAAAUCUUUCUAACAUGUAACUGAUGACCAAAGAAUUUUUGAUGGAAAUUUUUGUCAAGGGAUUUCAAACGAUUCAUUGAAAAAUUACUAUUUAAUUUCUUUUCAGUUUCGAAUUCUUAUUGAAUUUACACAUGCUAUACAAAUUUGAUAUUCGCAUUCUAUCUCGAAAAAUAUUUUCGCAUUUUUCUGAAGAGAGUUAAAAGCUUUGAUUUACCACAUUAAGCAAGCGCAACCUGGAAAACGCACUGCUAAUGAAAUCACUUCCUUUCAUUGGAUCGAAUGCCGAAAUUUGUCAUUUUUCACGAAUAUAUACCUGAUGCUUAGAAAAAUAGGAAAUGCAACUAAGAAAAUUACAUGCAUGCGAAUUAAUUAGAAAUUGCUCUGUGUUCCUGUUAGGCUCAAAAUUUUUUUUACUAAACCAACCGAAAAAAUCCAUUUGGGCUAACAAAACCAAGCCUCAUAAUUAGGGCGAUGACUUUGGAUUCUUCUGGUGUUCCUCGACGAAAGCUAGUCUGUAGAUACUCUGAUGCAGAUGUGAAACGUAAUCUAAGAUAAAGAGCUUCAUCAUUU